AUGAAGGUCUCUGUGGCUGUUUUUAUUGCUCUUCUCAUUGCUGCCUCUUGCUCUCAGACCUUCGCUGCCCCAGAUGGACCUGACCUCCCAAACUGCUGCUACUCUUACACGUCUCGCAAGCUCCCGAGGAAACUCAUCUCACGUCAUUACAGCACCAGCAGCAAUUGCUCCCUGCCCGCCGUUGUGUUUGUCACCAAGAAAGGCCUUGCAGUCUGUGCCAACCCCAGUGACUCCUGGGUUCAAAGUUAUCUGCGAAACUCGAAGCAGAACUGAGAAGAGCAAGAUCACAACCGUAGCUGCUGUCAUG